AUGUUUUUAAUUAUACGCACAAAAGAACAUGAUUUAACAGUUCGAUUUAAACGGGAAUCAGAUGCAUUCUAUCUUGAAGCUAAACGAUCAGUCGUAGCGAUAACUUCCAAAGUACCUUACUGGAUAUUAUUUAUUAUUGUUAUACUUGGUUGGAAUGAAUUCAUGGUUAUCAUAACAUCACCAUCUUAUUUGAUAUUAACUGGAUUUUUUGGAAUAAUUUUUUAUGUUGUUUGGUUAUUAAAUCUUAUUGGAACCGUAGAAACAUUCAUGCGUAUGAUUAUAAAUGAAUUUGUUAAGGUAGGAAAAGAUAAAAUCAAAAACAGUUUAGAAGAAAGUGGCCAUCCAAUAGUAGCCGAAAAAUUAGGCUAUAUGCUUGGUGAUACUAGUGUUGUAACAAAAAAAGAACAAUAA